AUGUCCGUGAAACAGAAAAAAUCCACAGGUUCAGAGGAAACCAAAGAGCUUGAUGACGAAGUGGAGGAAACAGAGCCAACUUUGAAGGAGAAGAGCAACCGGGAUGCUGCAAACCGAAGGAAGAGUCGGAGGAAACACAAGACCGCAGAGGACUCUGAGGAACAGGUGUCCCUCGAGAGGGAAAGUAAGAGAAAAGAUGGUGAAAGCAAAAAGGGGAAGAAAUCCAAAAGCAAACAGGUGGACUUCGCCGAGAUCUUCCAGAACGAGCUGCUGAACUACCGCACAGAGUCGUCCGAUGAGUACGAUGACGAGUACUACAAAAAGAAAGUGUAUGAGGUGGUCACUGUCACUAGCGAUGUCAAGGGAGCAGGCACAGAUGCUAACGUGUUUGUUUCCCUGUUUGGAGACUUUGGCGUCACUCCCAAGAUGCAGUUGGGCAGCAAAACCCGGACAGCAUUUGCGAGGAGUAAGACCGAUGUUUUCCGUAUCAAAACAUACAACGUGGGACCCUUGAAGAAGCUAAGAAUCGAGCAGGACAGCACGGGGAUGAACCCCAGCUGGUUCUUGGACAGAGUGGAAGUGACCGACAUGCACCGGCCCCACCAGCGCUUCUUUUUUUCCUGCAACAGCUGGCUGAGUCAGGAGGAGGGUGACAAGCAGUCUGUCCGGGACCUGCUGAGCACCCCCAGUCUCAUGGACGUCCAAAGAUUGAAUAAAUACAUAGUGAGUGUGUUCACUGCGGAUGUGAAGGGCAGUGGGACGGAUGCUGACGUCUACCUGACUAUCUUUGGAGAGAACGGCGACACAGGAGAGAGAAAACUGGCCAGUGACAAAGACAACUUUGAGCGCGCAAUGGAGGACAAAUUUACAUUAGAUGCGCCCAAUCUGGGAAAGCUGAAGAAAAUCACCAUUGGCCACAACAACCGAGGUUCCUCAGCUGGGUGGUGUCUGGAUAAGGUGGUGAUCGAUGACCUGGGGAAUAAGGAGGUGUAUGAGUUCCCAGCCUAUCGCUGGUUUAACUUGGAUGACGGUGAUGGCAAAAUACAGCAAGAUGUGAUGGUGGGAGCAGUGCAACCUAUGGCAAUCGUGUACAAUGUCCAAGUGAUGACCGGCAAUAUUAGGGGUGCGGGCACCAACUCUAAGAUACACAUAGUAAUGCACAGCGCCAAGGGCUUGAAAAACAGCGGGAAGAUCUUCCUGGAAGGCGGCACUUUUGAGCGUGCAAACAUCGAUAUCUUCAACGUGGAGAUCUGUGAACUGCUCAGCCCCCUCAGCAGGGUCACCAUUGGGCACGACAAUGGGGCCGUUGGCGCCGGAUGGUACUGUGAGAAGGUGACUGUGUACUGCCCAUUCACGGGCAUCGAGCAGACGUUUCCAUGCGGGAAGUGGCUGGAUGAGGACGAGGGGGACGGACUGAUAGAGAGGGAGCUGUUUGAGAUGAUUUCUCUACGGCAGGAGAAACAUAAGAAGAUCCCAUGGUCUCUGUGGGUUUGGACAUCAGAAGUGAAGGGGGCAGGAACAGACGCCCAGGUGUUCCUGCAGAUCUACGGGGAGAAGGGCAAAUCUGACGAGAUAAAAAUGGACAGCAAAUCAGACAGUUUUGAACAGGGCCAGCUUGACAAAUUCAUGAUUGAAUUGCCGGACCUAGGAAAACUGCGGAAAGUGCGUGUUUGGCACGAGAAGAGACAUCCAUUUUCUGGCUGGCAUUUAGGGAGGGUGACUUUGAUGAACUCACUGACAAAGGAGAAGUAUUCCUUCGCAUGUGGCCGAUGGCUGGACAUCAAUGAAGAUGACCAAGAGAUCGUCAGAGAGUUGCCAGCUACUGGGGCGCUCGUCAGUGAGCCACUGCCCUUGGUAAAGUACCGGGUCACCAUCUGCACUGGCAAUGUCAGUGGCAGUGGCACAGAUGCCAGCGUCUACCUCAAUAUCAUCGGUGACCUUGGUGACACAGGGGAGAGACUCAUGUUCAUGAGCCAAAACACUGUCAACAAGUUUGAAAAGGGCAAUCAUGAUGAGUUUCUGGUUGAGGCCGUGUCCUUGGGCCAGGUGCGUCGGGUCCGGGUGGGUCAUGACGGCCGGGGUGGAGGCUGUGGUUGGUACCUAGACAAGGUGCUAAUCAGGGAAGAGGGACAACCAGAGACUAUGGCCAUUGAGUUCCCCUGCGACAGGUGGUUGGAUCGUAAUGAAGACGAUGGACAGAUUGUCCGUGAGUUAGUUCAAGCUGGAGAAGGCCUGCGUCUCUUUAAUAUCAGCUACCACGUUACGAUAACAACGGGCAGUAUAAACGGGGCCAGCUCUGACUCCAAAGUGUUUGUCAAACUGUAUGGGGAGAAAGGCGAUACCAACAAGAUCCUGCUGGUGGUCUCAGACAACAACCUCAGGAGCUACUUUGAGACGGGACGCAUUGACAUCUUUACCAUUGAAACUUUUGAUGUUGGACAGAUCAAACGUCUCCUGAUUGGCCACACCAAUGAGGGCCUGAAUGCUGGAUGGUACCUGGCCAGCGUGCAGAUCUCUGUGCCGGUCCAUGGGAAGCAGUACAUGUUCCCAAGCCACCGCUGGCUCUGUAAAGACGAGGCUGACGGAAAAGUGGAAGUGGAGAUCUAUCCUAGCGAGAUCUUGGACAUUGAACAAUUGAUCAACUACGAAGUAACAGUAGUCACUGGGAACGUGCGUUCCGGUGGCACCAAUGCCAAUGUCUACUGCCAGAUCUACGGAGAUAAUGGAAAAACUGAGGUUAUUGUUCUCGCGACCCGCUCCAACAACUUUGAGCGUGGAACCACCGAGAUCUUCAAGAUAGAGGCCCUGGAUGUUGGUAAGAUCUACAAGAUACGUAUCGGCCAUGACGGCACAGGCGUAGGAGCCGGCUGGUUUGUGGAGACGGUGGAAAUCAGGCGUCUGACCAUGGCUUUGGUGCGGACUGAGCUGAAGGAGGUGGUGGAGACUUUCAAAUUUCCUUGUGGUCGCUGGCUGGCCAGUGAUGAGGAAGACCAGGAGAUUGUGGUUGAGCUGCUGCAAGAAGGCGUCGAAGACCUGGAAAUGAACUCGUAUGAGGUUCAUGUAUUCACUGGGACUAUGUGGGGGGCGGGAACUGAUGCCAAUGUUUACAUCAACAUCUACGGCGAGAUCGGCGACACCGGAGACCGGCACCUCAAGAGGUCCAACAACCUUAACAAAUUUGAGAAAGGCCAGGAGGACAUUUUCACCGUCACAGCAGUGGACCUGGGCGCUCUGAAGAAGCUAAGGGUCCGGCAUGACAACAGUGGGGCCAGCGCUGCCUGGUUUUUGGAAAGGGUGGAGAUUGUAGACAACAAAGAUGAGACCACGUACUUCUUCCCUUGUAAACGCUGGCUGGCUGUUGAUGAGGAUGAUGGGGAGAUUGCCAGGGAGCUGGUUCCUGUAGACGAGGCCUUCAUGAAAAUGGGUGAUGAUUAUGACGAGGAGGAGGGCAACUCUGGACCCACGCUCGGUCUGGAGCAGAAAGCCAUGUCAACAACAUACACAUUACGGAUAAAAACUGGUGACAGGAAGUACUCAGGCACAGACGCCAAUGUGUUUACUAUCCUGUAUGGCACCAAGGAUGACACAGGUAUAAUAAACCUGAAGGCCUCAAAGACUCAUAAGAACAAGUUUGAACGCGGUAUGAUUGAUGAGUUCACUGUGGAAGCUGUGGACAUUGGACCACUAAAGAGGCUACGUAUUGGACAUGACAAUUCUGGAUCAGCAGGCUGGUUUCUUGACUAUGUGGAAAUUGAUGCUCCAUCUCUAGGCAUAAAAUUGUGUUUCCCCUGCGGACGUUGGCUGGAUAAAGGGGAGGAUGAUGGGGCCAUUGUCAGAGAUCUGUACCCUAAUCCUCUUCAGACAGAGUUUUACACUCCAUUUGUGCCUUAUGAAAUCAAGACCUUUACAAGUGACGUGUUCGGAGCCGGUACCGAUGCAGAUGUCUUCAUCGUCCUGUAUGGGCAAGAUGGCGUCUGCACCCAGCAGAAGUCUCUGUGUCUCAACAAAAGGGAGAGGACGAUGUCUUUCAAGAGAGGAGCGGAGGACAUGUUUAUUGUUGAGCUAGAGGAUAUCGGGGAUGUGAUGGAGAAAAUCCGCAUCGCCCACGACAACCGCGGGAUCAACCCAGGCUGGCACCUGGACAGAGUGGAGAUCAGACGUCUGCUGAGGAAGGGAAAGGGGUCGGAGACUACAAUUUUCCCUUGUGAGCUCUGGCUAGCCAAGUCAGAGGAUGACGGGGAAAUAGUGCGAGAGCUGCAGCCCUCCGACAUCAUCACCGAGAAACUGGCACGGGACGGCAGCCUGAAGGUCACGGAAAUCGAGGUGGACGAUGCGCUGGAGACUCACACAUACAUCGUGACAGUAAUAACCGGUGAUGUGUAUGGUGGCGGCACUGAUGCCAAUGUCUUCAUCACCAUCUAUGGGGACAUGGGUGACAGUGGAGAGAGGAAACUGAGCAAGUCUGAGACCAACAGCAACAAGUUUGAACGUGGAUCUGAGGAUCGGUUCUCCAUGGAAGCAGUUGACCUAGGAGUGGUUUUCAAGAUUAAAAUUCGCCAUGAUAACAGUAUGCUGAGUCCCGACUGGUACUUGGACCAGGUGGAGGUGGUCGACUCGGAUACGGAAGAGGUCUUCCUCUUCUUAUGUGAGCGCUGGCUCUCCAAGAAGAAGGAGGAUGGACGCAUUGAGAGAGUCUUCUAUGUCAAGGGCUAUGAGGGGGUGAGAGAGAGUCUGAGCAGUAAAAAGAACCCCGCCCUGACACUGAAGAGUGUUGACAGCAACAUGAACAAAAAGAGCAAGAAGAAAAAGGACAUUGAAGAAGAGCUCCCCAUCAUACCAUACCACUUCACCAUCUCUACUGGAAUGGACCGGGACGCCGGCACCACCAGCAGGGCGUAUGUGAUCAUUAUAGGGGCCAAUCACACCCAGACAGAGCGGCUGUGGCUGGAGCUGCCUGAUGGGAGGAAGUGCUAUGAGGCCGGCUCUCUGGAGACCUUGGAGGCCCACGGUUCAGAUGUGGGGGAAAUCAAAAAGGUGGAGAUCAUUUACGAGGUGACGGUGGUGACGGGCGACGUGCAGAACGCAGGGACAGACACAAACAUUUUCAUGGCUGUGUUCGGGGCCAACGGGAGCACGGAGGAGAUGCUGCUGCCGAAGAAUGAGGACAGGUUUGAGCGAGGUCAGGAGGACACGUUCAGCUUAGAGAUCGAUGACAUUGCCCCGCUGAAGAAGAUGAGGCUCCGUAUCGAUGGGUCUGGCAGCCGACCCGACUGGUUUCUCGAUAAGGUGAUAAUGCGUAACCUGACCACAGAGGAGGUGUCUGUGUUCACCUAUGAGGAGUGGCUGUCGUCCACACUCGGACCCAAGGGGACCAUGAUCUGUGAGAUGGCUGCUGUGGUGGACGCGGAGGUGAUGGUGGAGCUCACCACCUAUGUCAUCGACAUCAGGACCGGUGACUUCACAGGGGCCGGCACCGAUGCCAAUGUGUGGAUUAUCAUUUUUGGAGAGAACGGAGACACUGGGACACUGGCGCUGAAAGAAUCCAACAAAUCCAACAAGUUUGAACGCAAGCAAGUGGACACAUUCCACUUCUCAGACAUUCUGAGUUUGGGAGAGCUUUCCAAAGUCCGAGUCUGGCACGACAACACAGGGCCCGCUCCUGGAUGGCACCUGGACUACAUCCAGGUGAAGGAUGAGGUCCUAGACCUAACAUUUCGCUUCCCUUGUGAUCGCUGGCUCUCCAAGAAAGAUGAUGAUGGACAGAUCAUGAGAGAGCUGGCCUGUUCUCAAGAAAACCUGGACCUUAAUGAGAAGACAAAAUAUGAAAUUUCUGUCACGACGGCAGACACGAAUGAUGCAGAAACCAAAGAGAAUGCCUGGAUUGUACUGGAGGGGAGGAAGGGUCGAUCAAAAGAAUUUGUGAUGGAGAACUCAUCAAAGAAGAGGAGGUUUUUGAGGGGAAAUGUUGACAAGUUUGAGUUUUCCUCCAAAAACCUGGGUGACAUAGCCGGCAUCUGCCUGGGCCACACACCCAAGGAUGGAAAGAAAGUAAAAGCGGAGGCGUACUGGCGUGUGGAGGAGGUCGUCGUCCUUGAAAAGGAACUGCAGAACAGGUACAUCUUUAGCUGCAAGGCCCUUAUCCCUCUCACUUCGAAGAGGGAUGAAUUCAUGACCUUUGAGUGCACAAAGACCAUUGAAAGCUUUACCAGUAAGGCUCGCAGCCUGGUGCCUAUCAAGUAUGAGAUCAUCGUCAUCACCGCUGAUGUGAAGGGAGCAGGCACCGAUGCCAACGUUUUCCUCACUAUUUAUGGCUCCAGUGGAGACUCGGGCCGCCGGCCACUGCGGCAGAAGUUCCGCAACCUGUUUGAACGCGAGCAGUCUGACCGCUUUCUCAUGGAGAUGCUGGACAUGGGAGAGCUGCUGAAAGUACGGGUGGAGCAUGACAACUCUGGCCUGAGGCCCGGGUGGCUGCUGGAGCGUGUGGACAUCACCAACACAGCCAACGGGGUCACCACCGUCUUCCUCUGUGGCAAGUGGCUGGACACCAAGAAGGCAGACGGGAAGAUCUGCAGGGUCCUCUACCCUAAGUACUAA